GUGACCCUUAGGGGACAGUCUUAAGCAUCAUUGCUGCAGACGCCUGGAGUGCAAAUCACUGAUCACCCUCGACCUGAGAAUCCGCGAACUAUCACCGCUCCAGUACGCUAUUCCCCGCUACAAGCAAUCUCUACGAUGAAUACCUCCGUGCCGCUUAGCGAUGGUCAUAUCCCCUUCACAUACCAAGGGGAGACGUUUCAAACGUACUGUAAAGUCUUCGGACACCUGCAAGGUCGCUCCAGCAAUCCGCUCGUCGUCCUCCAUGGCGGGCCUGGCCUCACUCACGACUACCUGCUGUCUCUAUCCGAUCUCGCGACUUCGUCAGUUCCCGUCAUUCUAUACGACCAACUCGGCAACGGCAAAAGCACCCACCUGACGAACAAACCAGAGGGUUUCUGGACGAUCGACCUCUUCAUCGACGAGCUCGUCAAUUUGCUUCGACACUUCGGGAUCGAGGACUCCUUCGACAUCCUCGGACACUCCUGGGGCGGCAUCCUGGGCCUCGAGUUCGAGGUUCGCAGGCAGCCCGUGGGCUUGAAGCACUUGGUCCUGACCAAUGCGCUCGCGUCGGUUGCGUUGUAUCGCGAAGCACAGAGCAGAUUGCUCGCGACAUUCCCGGAAUGGGUUCGGGAGGGCAUGGCGGCAGGAAUCAACGAUCCGCGAAAGUACCCGGCGCUGAAGGAGUUCUACGCAAAGCACGUCUGUAAUGUCAGUCCGUGGCCGGAGGAAGUCACCGACUCCUUUGACCGGGUGUUCACUGAGGAGGGGGAUGCGACUGUGAUGUCCGCUCCCGUCGUGCGCGGUUGGUCCAUCAUUGACCGACUGCAUCUCGUGCGCGUACCAUCGCUGGUGAUCAACGGACCAGACGAUGUAUCGCAAGACUCGACGGUGGCUCCGUUAUUUUGGGGUAUUAACCGAGCAAAAUGGGUGAGGCAGGAAGGUACCAGCCAUAUGCCGUUCUGGGAGAAACGGGAGGAUUACAUGGACGCCGUCAGAGGCUUUCUGAGUUUAUGACCAAUCCCUAGUAGGCGGAAACUAUCAUGCCGACCUCUGGGUGCGGUAGCGUCACGCUUGUACGUACUACGAAGACGUACCGCCAGUCCAAUGUCCUUGAAACA